UUCUAAUAUUUGCACCAUUCAUCUCUAAACCUUCAUUUUACUCUACCAAAUUGUGAUAUUGAUGGGAAAGCACACUCGAAUCCUCUACUUUCUCUUCUUGUGUUUGUGUCUAAAGUUUUGUUCUUCAUCGUCAUUUCCCUCCUUUUCAACCAAUGCGUCACUGCAGCUUUCCUCUCAUUACGAUAGACUUGCCUUGAUUGAAUUCAAAAGCAACUUUUCACUAGACAUUAAUGCUUCCUACCAUUGUCCAACUUCUUAUCCAAAGACAAAUUCAUGGACGAAAGGCAGAGAUUGUUGUUCUUGGGAUGGUGUUACUUGUGAUAUUGUCACUGGUCGGGUAAUUGGCCUCGACCUCAGUUGCAGCUUGCUUCAUGGCUCUCUAUAUUCCAACAGUAGCCUCUUCCGACUUUCACACCUCCAAAAACUCAAUCUUGCUGGUGAAGUCCCAUAUGAAAUCUCUCACCUCACCAACCUCAUUUCCCUUGAUAUUUCUUCUUAUCAGUUGACGAUGGAAGAUCUUUCCUUUAAAAGACUCGUGCAAAAUUGUUCACUUCUGAAACAACUUCUCUUCGUGGGUGUGGACCUGUCAUCCAUUGACACAAAUUCUUUGAUGAAUCUCUCAUCUUCUUUGACAGAUCUAAGACUUCAACGGUGUGGAUUGCAAGGAAAAUUCCCUACAAGCAUUCUUUACUUCCCACACCUACACAUACUCGAUUUAUCAUACAAUAAAGGCCUCAAAAUUCGUUUGCCAAAGUCUAACUGGAGUAGUCCUCUACAAGAACUGCAUUUGGAUGAUGUGCCUUUCACAGGGGAUCAGCUGCCUGAAUCAAUUGGUGAUUUGAAUUCCUCGAAGAAAUUGACUAUUGGAUAUUGUAAUAUCGUAGGGUCAAUUCCAGCGUCGAUUGGCAAAAUUAGUUACGCUAGAUUUAUCUUUGAAUUCGCUCAAUGGAGCCAUACAAUCAGUUUUAUACAACUUACCUUCUUCAUUGCAUUCUUUGGAUCUCUCAGAGAAUCAAUUCACUGGUCCUAUCAAUGAAUUCCAAUUCCAAUCUCUUGAGAUACUUCGUUUGUGGGGUAACAAGCUGAAUGGUUCUAUUCCAAGCUCAAUCUUUAACCUUGUUAAUCUCACAACGCUUGAUCUGAAAUCGACUAGCUUUAGCGGCACCUUGGAUGCUUCCAUGUUCUCAAAACUCCAAAAUCUUCAAGUGCUUGACCUUUCAGAUAUCUCGUUCACCACCAACACAAUUGUCAAUCAGACAUUCCCCAAAAAUCUACGGGAAUUGUCUCUUGCUUCUUGUAAUGUAGCUGAAUUCCCCUACUUCUUAAGAGACUUGAAAAAUCUAGAGCAGCUAGACCUUUCCAAUAAUAGACUUUCUGGCCAAGUUCCCGAAUGGUUCUUGGAAGUGGGGAUUGAUACAAUACAUUUUCUCGAUCUUUCCAAGAACUCUUUGACUGGUAUAAAAGAAAUUCCUUGGAAGUCUCUUUACAUUCUUGACCUUCAUUCUAACUUGCUCCAAGGAUUGCUACCAAUUCCAGUCAGAAUGGACGUGGGGAUAAUCUUCCUGAUGUCAAACAAUAGUUUGACAGGAGAGAUACCUUCUGCGAUGUGCAAUCCUAGCGUUACAUUUCUUGACCUUUCAAACAAUGGCUUUUCCGGAACUAUUCCACCAUGCUUUAGAAACAUGAGCAAAGGUCUUGAGGUUCUCAAUCUACGAAAUAAUAAAUUUAGUGGCAAAAUUCCGGAUAUUUUCGAUGAAGGAUGUGGAUUACUUUCUCUCAACCUCAACGACAAUCAACUGAAAGGGCCUCUGCCGAGAUCACUAGUGAAUUGCAAAAGUUUGGAACUUCUAGACAUUGGCAACAACCAAAUAAAUGACACAUUCCCUCAUUGGUUGAAAAAUCUCUCAGAAUUGCAAGUUGUUGUCCUAAAGUCCAACAGUUUUCAUGGUUCUAUACAAGAUUGCAAGGACACUAAUUGUUUCUCCAAGUUACAAAUAUUUGACAUCUCAAACAAUGAGUUUUCUGGUCCUUUGCCAGUUAGAUAUUUUGAGAAUCUGCAGGCCAUGAUGAAAACUGAAGAAGGUUCAGGUGAUGGGAAAUACUUGGGGGAAUACCUUUAUUCAUAUCAAGAUUCUGUGUUUGUGGUCAUUAAAGGGCAAGAGUAUCAAUUAGUUAGAAUAACAAUAACAUUCAAGACCUUGGAUUUCUCAGACAACAAGUUUCGAGGAGAGAUUCCAGACGUCAUUGGCAAGCUUACUUAUCUCAAAGGCCUCAAUAUUUCACGUAACAGCAUUGGAGGUGGCAUCCCUUCGUCUUUGGGAAAUUUGAGAAAUCUUGAAUGGUUAGACCUCUCUUCAAACAAGCUUACAGGGAAGAUUCCAGAACAAUUGAAAGGUCUAACAUUUCUUUCACAGUUAAACCUCUCUCACAACAACCUCGUUGGACCCAUACCUCAGAGCACGCAGUUCGACACAUUUGACAAUAGUUCCUACAAAGGGAAUUUAGGGUUGUGUGGAUUUCCAUUAUCAAAAACUUGUGGCAAUAAUGGUGCUCCACCACAAUCACAACCAUUGCCUGGUGAAGAGGAUGAUUCUGGAAGUGAGUUUGAUUGGAAGAUCAUAAUGAUGGGUUACAGUUCUGGACUGGUAAUGGGAUUGUCUCUGGGAUAUAUCAUGUUAGCAACAGGAAAACCAAAAUGGUUGGUGAGGCUCGUUGAAGGAAGUUGGCUUAAGUAUGUGAAGAGGCUAAAUGAAAGACGAAGAAGAAGAAGUAGCUAGAAUGUGAAAGCUAUGAUCAGGAACCAAAGCAGCUUAUCGGAUUGGAAUAGAGCGGAAGCCAUCUCAGUAGGAAGAAGCUGUGUCAAAACUGCUCUGGCUUUCUUCUGUCAAAAAAAGAAAUUCUUUUCCAUAUGAAAUGAAAUGCUACAUGUUCUUCAAGUUAAUCUUUCACUUCUUGUAAUAGCUAUUGUGUAAUAAUUAAUUUCAAUCAGUUUACUUGAUCAAGAAAUCAUUAAUAGUUCAU